GCCCCCUCCUCACUCCUGCUGCUUUAAUCAGGUAGCAUUCUCUUCCCUCCAAAGCCGUGCGCUGUUGCGCUGUACAGAAACGGAUUCUCCACAGCCACCGAGUGUCCUUUAUAAGCCCAGCUCGCUCCACAGGCAUUACGAGGCAGAGCCAUGCCAGAGAGAAACAGCCACGGGUCAUCAUCUCUCACAUCCAGCUGGAGCUGCCGUCAACACCACAGCAAGAGUCUUCAACCAUAAAACAUCAACCAGCCUUCGCCUCUUCUCAGCUCUUUAGCACUGUUACCUGCCACCUGGAACUAACCUCCUAAAAUCAGAACGUCUUUCCAUCCAUGAGAAACAAUCUCUGAAUGCUGUGAAUUUCACCCAUAACCACCAGCAGAAAAGAAGAUGAACAUCAUCGUGCAGAACGUGACUGCCACCUCAGCAGUGAUCAGCUGGCCGGUCAUGCCUGGCUGCGUGGACACUUUUUACAGUGUGAUGUAUCACCCCAACUGGAACAGCCUUAUGAUGGGCUACACACGCAAGAGCUUCAUGAGGGAAGAGAGGAUUCCAGUGAGCCAGACGACAACCCACCUGGGCAGCCUUACCCCCCAGACCAGCUACAUCCUCUGCAUCACCUGCCAAUCCGCCAAUCCAGCCAGGGACCAGUGCCAGCUCUUCAGCACCCUGGACGAGAGUGAGCGCGGGGGGACCCGCAGGGAGCUAGCUAUGGGCAUAUGGCUGGCCAGCAGCAUUCUGCUGUUCAUCAUUGCCGUGGUUCUGCUCUGGGCCUGCCUUCAUUCCACAUGCCCAGCUAAGAGGCACCCUGAGGGGGGGAAUCAGUCAGGCUCCAGUCCUCCAAACCAAGCUCUGACCCCCAGGAGUGAUUAUGGGGCAAGAGAGGGCAGAGAUAGUCUGUACACACCAAGUUUCAGUGAUGAGGACUCCCAGCAGGCAACAGUGAUCGAGAACCCUUUUCAUGUUGAACACGGAGGAGCACCGGUCAACGGACAGAGCCAUGAGCUCCGGACGCUUAGCAGUAGCAAACAGAAUGGGGGUCCUGAACUUUGCUGAAUUUAAACAGCCAUUCCUGCGAUAACUUCAGAAAUUAUAGUAUAAACAAAUCCUCACUCAUGCUAACCAAAGCUGCUAAUGCUUUUUAGGUUCAGACGUUUUUUUUUUUAAAGAGAUGCACCAAAAACGAAACCGAAAAAUCAGUUUUUCUCUCGUUUUGACACUUUUCACCAUUUAAAAAAAAUGUCAUAGCCUAAACAUACCCUUUUAUCUUGCUUUUCAAAGACCAGGCUAUUGCAAAACUACAAUUUAAAAUAUAAGUAAAGGCUAUUGCAAAACCACCAUUUAAAAUGUUACACAAAAAUUAGCAUUUGUAAUAUCCCAGCAGACAAACCAACAAAAUGUGAUACAUUUACCCCAGCAGUGCUAUUCUAAUCAUAAAUUUACUUCAGCAGUGCUAUACUAAUCACGAAUGUUCUUCAGCAGUGUAUUAUGAUCAUAAAUGUACUGCAAUUGGGUUUUUUCCAAUCAUAAAUUUACCUCAGUAGUACUCAAGCCACAUGCAAUUGAAAUCUACACAGACACAAGUUAGCUGUUUUUGGUAGCUUUUUUUGUGAAUUGAGAAAACUCAAUGCAUUUUAGUUUAUUUUGUGCUGCCUUUUGUCAGCUCUCACUGCCAGCUCUCUUCCACACUCCCUGCUCUUUAUACAGCAGCGUGGCCAGUGGAGGAGCGUAUGCCUUGUUUGGUAUCAAUUUCCAGUCUUUUAACUAAUGCAUUUAAACACAUUUUUGCCAUUUUCGGCACAAUAUUAACUAUGAAUGUUAAAUAGGUAAAAUAUUUGGUGCAUCCCUAUAUUUAAACUAACAUGCAUGAAGCUGAACUGUCAGCAUGUUGGAAGUUGAGAGUCUGUACAUAUAUGUAUAUAAUCCCAUUAGCCUUGCUUUGUAAAACCACAAUUGCCACAGCAACAACAGACAUGUUAAUGUCUAUUUAUUAACAUCCUGAUAAAAUCGCACACUGUGUAGCCAUACAGCUUACUACAAAUCAGUACCCUUUCUCGCAAAACAAAAGCAAAUCAUAGGGAGCCUUGUAAAAUGUCUUGUAUCUGUUACUGUCACAUUCUAGCAUUGACAAAAAGCUUUGACAUUACAUGGCCUACUCAUGGUCAAGAUCUCUGCACCUUGACUGAUAUUUUUCAUUUAGAAAAAAGAAUGAAAUCAUAAUAGAAAUCACAAUUCACAGAAUCGCAUACUUUGGUUAACAAACCCAUUGAAAACUUACUAAAAUUAAUCUGAAAUCAAUUAUUCAUCUGACAACAGCAAAUAAAAAGCAAACAUAUACUGAAGAAACCAUUGAAACUGAGGAAAAAUAAGGACUUGUAUGAGAAUCAAGAUCAGGAUUUUAAGAAUAUCUACAACUGCUUUUCAGUAAGAGAUACGCAAAGUACUUCAUUUAAACAAAGUAUUUGUGUUUCCUGUUGUAUUACAUAAUUUUCUGGUUUGUGUUGUGGAAAAGAGACAAGAAAAACAAAUCAAAAGCAGUUUGUUUUGACACAGAACUAUGUAAAACAUUAAAAACAAAACAUUUUUGA